AUGUCCGUCCUCCUAGAGACUAGUGCUGGGGAUAUAGUCAUUGACUUGCUUGUCGAUGAUGCCCCACAGACAUGUCUCAAUUUCUUGAAGCUAUGCAAGGUCAAAUAUUACAAUUUUUCACCCGUUUACAACGUUCAAAAGGACUUCAGUUUCCAAACAGGCGACCCGAUAGGGCCCGGUCAAAGCGGCAGCGAUGGCGGCAGUUCUAUCUGGGGCAAGCUUCAAGGAGCUUCUAAAAAGUAUUUUGAGAGCGAAUUUUCUCCUAAGCUCAAGCAUUCUGAACGAGGGACUGUUAGUAUGGCCACCGCCCCCGCCGGAGGCGACGAUGACGCAAAGCGGAUAAGUGGCUCUCAAUUCUUGAUCACUCUUGGAGAUAGCCUUGACUAUUUAGACGGCAAAGGUUCUAUAUUUGGCCGCGUUGUUGAAGGGUUCGAUACCCUUGAAGCAAUAAAUUCUGCCUUCUGCGAUGAUCAAGGAUGGCCACUGAAAGACAUUCGAAUCCGGCACACAAUAAUCCUCGACGACCCUUUUGACGAUCCCCCUGGGCUCGUAGAGCCACCCGAGAGCCCAAUACCCACCAAAGAGCAACUGGCCACUGUUCGAAUCGGCGAAGAUGAAGAUCUCAAUGAAGAAGCUGAUGAAGAGACGGCAGAAAUGCAACGGCGAGAACGUGAAGCGCGUGCUCAAGCUCUAACCCUUGAGAUGGUGGGUGAUCUACCGUUUGCAGACGUCAAACCGCCGGAAAACGUCCUUUUCGUUUGCAAACUUAAUCCAGUCACACAGGACGAAGAUCUUGAAUUAAUAUUUUCUCGGUUCGGAAAAAUUCUGUCCUGCGAAGUCAUUCGGGAUCAGCGUACGGGGGACAGUCUGCAGUACGCUUUCAUUGAGUUCGAAACCCAACAGGAUUGUGAACAAGCGUACUUCAAAAUGGAUGGUGUUCUUAUUGAUGACCACAGAAUUCAUGUUGACUUCUCCCAGAGCGUUUCGAAAUUAUCUGACUCGUGGAGAAUGGAUACGAAUGCUAAACGCAGGGCCUACGCUGAUUCAAAAGGAUAUGGGGGAUCCUCCCAACUUCAAAAAAAACAACAGUAUAAAAGCGGGGAUGUUCAAAAGACCGGGACGCUCCGAGAGGGCCAGGAGGGGAUUGGAGGGGCCACAGAGGCCGAGAUUCAAAUGGAAAUCGUGAUAGGAACCAAGACUGGGGUAGAGAUAAACACGCAGAUGGCCGAAGUCAUAAAUACCGGAGAUCAAGAUCCCGUAGCACUAGCCCAAGGAGACGAGAUCACGAUAGACGAGAAAGGGGCCACGACCGAGACAAAGAUCGGAACUCAGGGAGAGAUCGCAGAGACCGGUACGAAAGACGAUAGCUCUAAGGAGCGCUCCUCUGUGUUUACAGGACUCGAUAAAGCUCCUCACAUCUUAGUCCCCACACUACAACAUGAAUAG